GAACUCUGACCCAACUGUCACUUGAUAAAAAAUUUUUUUUUGAAUUUAAUAACAACCAUGAAAAUUUUAUAAUUAAUAUUUAUUUAUUAAAAUUAACAUGGAUUUUUUUUUUAAUUUUUUUUAAAGUUUAAAAAUAUUUUUAAAAAAACUUUAAGACUGACUGUUAAAUAAUGAUAAUAAAAUAAUUAAUUAUAUGAUAUGAGUAAUGAAUAAUGAGAGUGAUGAUAAUAAUAUAGACUUUGAAGUUAAUAUUAAUUAAUAAAAAAAAAAAAAUAGUAAUAAUAAUAAAAGUGAUAGUUACAAAAGCUAGGAGAGUUUAAAAGUAUUUAUUAUUUUUUUGUUAUGAUCUAUUGUCAGUGCGAGACAAGUGUGGGGUCUAAUUAUAUUAAUAAUACUUAUAAUAAUAAUAAUAUAAAGCAAACGAGAUGAGGAUGCACUCGUUUUUAGUUUGCUCGGUAUUUAUUAUUACGUUAUUUUAUGUGAAUGAGAGUUAUUGUGUUUAUAUAAAUAAUAAUACUAAUAAUGAUAAUGAUAAGGGCAAUGAUAAUCGGACAGAAAUAGAUGAUAGCUAUGAUGGGCUGAGACAAAGAAAUUUAAAACAAAGACACCGGUUUACGAUUGACGAGCUGUUGAAUAAUAAAUUUUCGAAUUAUAUAUCUGGUGAUAUCGACCUGGAUAUUUGUAAAGCAGGGGGAUUCGUAAAAGACAUCGCACUGCCAAAUGUUGAGUAUGAAACGGAAUGGCGUCAACAAAAAUUGAAUAAAACUUUUUUAGAAGAAUUGGAAAAGUAUCAAGAUGAAGUACUUAAAGAAGGAUUACAAGUUGAAGAAGAAGGUCUUACUGAAAUCCUACAAUUUCAAAAUGGCAAAGAUAAGGAAACUGAAGAACCAGAAUCAGUUUUUUCCUUGGAAAAAACAGAACCCGUCGCUGCAGAACGCAAUCAAUAUAAUACAGGCUCAGAACCAUCGGAUUUCAAAUUUAAAAAAUAUGAAAAAGAUAUAAAAAAUUCAAACCUAAAUUUCAGGUUGGACAUGGAAGAAAAAUCCAAAGAUCGGACACCAAAAAUGUCUUCAGUAUCAAAAAAUCCCCGGGUACGUCACUCGCACCACAGCUCUCAUGAAUCAACUACCAAAGAUCCAUUUUCGGUGAUAACUCUCGAGGAGAGUGACAUGGAAUCGAAAAAACGUUUACGUCGUCACCACCGUCGCAGACCAAGUAGGAGACGUCACCAUUAUCGGCGAGUGAAAAACCUAGUCCCGCGAGAUUUGACUGACCAAGAUGACAUUAAUAAUAGUAAUAAUAAUAAUAAUGAUAAUAAUAAUGACAAUAAUAAUAGUGAGGAUGAUGAAGACGUGUCGGUUCACAAUCGUCGUCUACGUGAUAUCGAAUUCUACAACGAGCACAAAACGAAAUUCGAAGCACGGGAGCGUCGAGAAACGACGAGGACAGCGCCGGCGGAAGUCAAAAGCUCACGGCACAUUAGACGACGCCGAGCAGCGACGGCACGUAAGGAGCGUGUGUGGGAUCACGGGGUUAUUCCUUACGAAAUAGAUGGUAAUUUCUCCGGCGCGCACAAAGCCCUAUUCAAGCAAGCCAUGCGGCAUUGGGAGAAUUUUACGUGCGUUAAGUUCGUCGAGCGGGUCAGCCGGGAGCAUCCUAACUACAUUGUCUUUACUGAGAGACCUUGCGGAUGCUGUUCCUUCGUGGGAAAACGAGGUAAUGGACCGCAAGCCAUUAGUAUCGGCAAGAAUUGCGAUAAAUUUGGUAUCGUAGUUCAUGAAUUAGGUCAUGUAGUUGGAUUCUGGCAUGAGCACACGCGACCAGACCGCGAUCGUCACGUACAGAUCAUUAGGGAUAACAUCAUGGCCGGUCAGGAGUACAAUUUCAAUAAAUUAACAAACGAAGAAGUUGAUUCACUUGGUUUACCAUACGACUACGAUUCAAUAAUGCACUACGCAAAAAAUACAUUUUCAAAGGGAACAUAUCUUGAUACAAUACUGCCGAUCGAAAAUACUGGAAAAAAACGACCGGAAAUUGGUCAAAGGAUACGACUUAGUGAGGGAGAUAUUGCACAGACGAAUCUUCUAUACAAAUGCCCAAAAUGUGGGAGAACUUUUCAAGAUAACAGCGGUACAUUUGGAUCAUCAACUCACCCUAAUAGCUCACCCUCGCUCGAGGGCGAACGCUGUGAAUGGCGCAUUACUGCGACACAUGGCGAACGAAUAGUUCUAAAUAUAACAUCACUGGAUAUUUACAAGAGCGAUUAUUGUAAAGCUGAUUAUCUGGAAAUUCGCGAUGGGUACUGGUACAAAAGCCCCGUUUUAGGGCGUUUUUGCGGCAGUGGAAAAAUUCAUGAGCCGAUAAUUUCGACAGGCAGCCGCAUGUUAGUAACUUACGUCCGAACAAGUCAAGAGAACGGUUACCGUGGUUUUGGAGCAAAUUAUGAAGCAGUUUGUGGUGGGGACGUUACUUUGGAGACAGUUGGACACUUGGAGUCACCAAACUACCCUGAGGAAUAUCAAUCGAGUAAAGAAUGCGUGUGGCGACUUACAGUGCCCCAGGAUUACCAAGUUGCCUUAAAGUUUCAAUCAUUUGAAAUUGAGAAUCACGACAAUUGCGUUUAUGACUACGUCGAAGUUAGAGACGGCCAUACUCCCGAUUCACCGCUCAUUGGUCUUUAUUGUGGGUACAAAGCCCCGCCGGAUCUUCGUUCCACCGGUAACAAACUUUUUGUUAAGUUCGUUAGUGAUGGCUCUGUACAAAAGGCGGGAUUUUCUGCAACUGUCAUAAAAGAAUUCGACGAAUGCGCAAUGACUGACCAUGGCUGCGAGCACGAAUGCUUAAACACACUAGGCGGUUACGAGUGCUCAUGUAAAAUCGGUUAUGAACUUCAUUCCGACGGAAAGCAUUGUGAAGACGCUUGCGGUGGAAUUUUCGAUGCAAGCAAUGGAACAAUAACGAGCCCUUCGUUCCCAGAGAGUUAUCCGGGCAACAAAAAUUGCAUUUGGGAAAUAAUAGCUCCCCUGCAUUACAGAAUAACUUUAAACUUCACCCACUUUGAUUUGGAAGGCAACAGAAUGUACCAGCAAGAGUGCGAUUACGACUUCGUUGAAGUUUCCAGCAAAUUAGGCGACGAUAUUCUAAAGAAACAUGGAAUUUUUUGUGGCUCGAAGAUUCCUACGCCCAUUAUUUCAGAAGGCAAUGCUAUGAGAAUUGUCUUUACGUCCGAUAAAAACAUCCAAAAAUCAGGAUUUGCAGCAGUAUUUUUUACUGACAUGGAUGAGUGCGCGAACAACAAUGGCGGAUGUCAGCACGAGUGCCACAAUACUAUUGGCUCGUAUGAGUGUUCAUGCCACAAUGGUUUCAAGUUACAAGACAACGGGCAUGAUUGCAAAGAAGGAGGUUGUAAAUAUGAAAUAGUUAAUCCCGUUGGUUCAAUAACAUCGCCAAAUUAUCCGGAUUAUUAUCCGUCACGCAGAGACUGCGUGUGGCAUUUUACAACGACACCUGGUCAUCGUAUUAAAUUAAUGUUCAAAGUUUUCGAAAUGGAAUCGCAUCAAGAGUGCGCUUACGAUUAUAUUGCCAUCUAUGACGGCGACUCAUCAGAUAGUCACACUCUCGGAAGAUUCUGCGGAACAAAAAUACCUCAUCCAAUAAUAGCGACAAGUAAUCAAAUGUUUAUGUUGUUCAAAAGUGAUUUGUCAGUACAAAGAAAAGGAUUUUUAGCUUCUCAUACCACAGCAUGCGGAGGACAUCUAAUGGCGACAAAUGAAGUUAAAUAUAUUUACUCACAUGUAAGAUACGGUACACAUAAUUAUGAUCACCGUACAGACUGUGAUUGGACUAUUGAAGCCCCGAUCGGUAAAAAUGUCCAUCUAUCAUUUCUAUCAUUUCAAUUAGAGUAUGAAGAAGAUUGUGCGUAUGAUUUUGUAGAAAUUUAUUCAGGGUUAGAUGCUUCUAGUCCUAGUUAUGGAAAAUUCUGUGACUCGAAUGUAACCGAAAUAAUAUCAAUGAACGAAGCGCUGUUAGUAAGAUUCCGUUCCGAUGAUACGGUAUCAAACAAAGGAUUUUCAGCGGCCUACGUCGCAGUUGACCGCCAAGACAGCGACGAAAACCUCGGUGGGAUUGACGAAGAAGAUAAUUUCUGAUCUUUAAUGGGGCUCGGGAAUUCCCUAGAGCCUCGAGAACGCGACACUAGCGCCGGGCGAUUCUUAACGGCUCGUCGGCGCAUGAAAACUACUCACCAACUGCCGUCAGUUACUUAUCAACGGCGCGCUUUUCAAGAUGUUUUGAAUUUAAAACAUUCAAAUGAUAAAAAUAAUAAUGAUAAUAAUAAUAAUAAUAGUAGUAACAAUAAAUAUAGUAAAGUUAAUGGUAAUAGAUCUCGACGCGGUAAAUUGAAUGGUUUUACUUCAAUGAUAAGAGACAAUUAUCGACCGCGAAACAGACGGAAAAAGAACCGAAAUAAUAAUUAAAAUGUUUCUUUAUAAAUAAACUAUGAUUAUUUUAAAUUUAAUACUCAAUACGAUAGGCCGUAAAAGUGCCAUAUUUUAAAUUUCUCUGUAAUUAAAACUGAGAUUAAAUAUUUUAUUACUUGAAAACAAAAAAAAAAAUUGACCCG